AUGGAAGCGAGAGGUCGUUCCAGAUCACAAGGCAAGCCCUUUGAUUUCAUCGACACUCGCGAGUUUCACUCAAAGUCCUUUUCUGUCCGACUUCAAUAUGUCUGGGUCUACAUCCUGGUCAUCAAGUCAUUCCUCGUCUACAUUUCGGAUAUUUAUACUGCAACGACCAUGUUAACGUCGGACAAAUGGUCGAACAAGAUUUUCGACUCGUGCACGCAGAAGGAAGGUUGCGUCGCCAUUCCGUUUAGCAUCGCCAAGUGGCUCUUCGUCGGAUGCAUCAUCUUCUCUUUCCUCCUGCUCGCCUAUGAAGCGCGGAAAUCGAAGAAAAUCAUCGCAAGUAGGGAUAUCUCAUUCGCGUUCACCAACGUGAUGGCACAGAAUUACUACAGUCUUCGCUCGUACGACCACUUCUGUCUCUUCUGCCACAUCAACGAUUCUACCAAGAAGAAAGAUGAUUUUGCCUUCUUCAUCUUCUUCACAUUCAAAGAGUGGAAACGGUUACUCCUCGCCGACGGCCCUCGUCAAACGAUCAACGCGCUCACCCUCUAUUCGUUCUACCUGGCGAAACGCGAUCCAAAGAGUGAUUGGUGGGAUCUUAAAAAGUACUUUGAUUCCAACGACAUGGUCACCAACGGUCUUCUCGUGGCCAUCGUGUUCACAGUGCUCAUCUUUUUGGGUUCGCUCCUGCUCUUGAUCAUCGCAGCCAUUCUCUAUGUGCCGUUGCUGUGCUAUAUCCGAGGCAACCUCAAAGAAUAUUGCUGCCACAAGGUCGACAAGCGCAUCGAAGAGUUGAUCAAGAGAAAGCGGAAGCAGCGCGAGAAGCGCGAACGUCAAUUGGCUGCAAAGGAAGCCGCGGGCGAUUUCUCUCAUCUCAAGAACAAAGGUGGCGCACAGGCAGCUCUCCCGCAACCGACAUUGCCUACAAUCUCCUUGGACGAUGACGAAGAUGAUCUCAAGACGGUCGCCAAUAGUCGUUACGCCGCCUCGAUCCGAACCGGCAAAGAAAGUUACUGGUCGGGCAAGGACAGCGACUAUAAAGGAGGUGCCUACAUGCCAGACUAUCCCCCCAUGCCGGCAUAUGAUCCCAAUGCGUAUCCUCCUCAACCCGGAUAUGCUGCGUACGCGGUCAGCCUUCAUGACGACGCGAGCACUCUAAAUGGGGAACACGACGACUAUGCUUCCAAGGCUGCGAUUGCGCGCGGUGCCACGCCAGCCAACGCUUCGAUCCAUCGUGGACCAACUCCCGCCAAUGCUUAUGAUGCAUACGGAGGAGCAUACGGCAACAAUGCCUACGCUCAGGAUCAAUACCGAGACAGGAGAACACCCGACCCGUACGGUGUUGAUUAUAACGGAUACCCCAAUCAAGGCUAUGGUAAUGCCUAUGGGGGAUACGGAGCAAAUCAGCAGCAAUACCAAGGUUACUACGACGAGAACGCGUACUAUCAGCAACAACAGUCUCAAGGGUACCAGAACCAACAGCAGCCGCCACCGCGCCAACAACCAUCGCGAAACGGUUCCAAAUGGGAAGGUGGUCAGGCAUACUAA